CUUCAUCAAUGUCCCUCCUUCAUAUAUAAAUUAAACACCUACCCUUUCUUCUUCAGCCCACCUAUACAUAUACAUAUAUCUACAAUACCUAUAUAUAUAUAUAUAUAUAGGUAUAUAACUAUGGCAAGAGACGAUGAUCAAGUAGCUCAUAUGGAAGAGUAUGAUGGUGGAUACAACAACAGCAUGAUGAGGAGGCCUCCAGCUCUCUUGAACUCCAUAUUCAUGGCGACAGUGAACAAGGCGGCAAAGGCACUGGUGGCGGUGGCGUCCACGUCCAGUGCCGAAGCCCAAAACGCCGAGAAGUGGAAGGCGGCAGACCAUAUGAGGUUCAUGGUUAUGCUCAUGACUUGGAUGGUUGUUUGGGUUCUUAGGAUUCUGAUGGAUCACUUCCCUUGCAGCAGCUCUGUGCUACCCAGCGCCCUGCAGUACUCAAAUUCCCCCUUUCUGCUAACAGAUCAUGAUGGUGGUUUUUCUCCCAUGGAGGAAUCAUUUAAUUUACCAUCAUCAUCAUCAUCAUUAUCAUCAACACUUUCUUCUUUAGAUUUGGUUCUCCACCAAGCUGGCUCUAAUACUGAACCAUCCUCAAUUAAAGCACUCGGUAGAGCGCUUUCACAUGUAUUUGCAUUGUUGAACGAAACUCCAGCUUCGUCGAGAAAGUACCAGUUUGCGGUGGCGAUGGCGGACAAGAUCGUGGAAGAGAACUCGAGGCAGGGCAACGUGGAGCUACUGCAAAUCAAUCGUACAGCACUAGCUUCUGCAUUUGCUCGUACUUCGGGACUUCUGUACCGCUCGCUUCAGAGGAGCCAAGGCCAAUGCCAAACCCAAAGCGGGGGAGUCGUUGAUGACUUCUGUGGAGGGUCAUGGGUUAUUAAGACACUUCCCUUGGGCUCCUUCUUUGCCUCUUACUUGAAAUCAGGUCUCAGCCUCUGCCUCGGCUCCAUAUUUUCCGGUUUCUCCGGCACCAAGCAGAGGAGGCAGCUGGUGGGAGCCAGCGGAGGGGAGAGUAGUGAUAUUGUGGCCGAGAAGCAUGCUCAUGAACUUCUGUGGAUAACCAAUAAGCUGAGGGCGUGUGGGGCCGUCGACGAAGCUCUUGUCCAGUGGAGCUUAGCCUCCGGUCUCGCGUCUCUCUCUCUGACGGGCAACCCAAGGGUUCAAGGCUUCAUCGUCAAAAUCUCAGCUAUAUUGAUUGGAGAGCUGACUCGAGGAGAGUUGGAGGUGCCAAGGCAAAUAAAGUACAGGCUGCUGGUGCUUUGGCUUCCGUUGUUUUGCUACGCAGAGAAUGGGUUAGCAUAUCCAGUGUUGUCAGGUUACGAAAAGGGAGAAAUGGAGAGGACAAUGGAUGAGCUGAUCUCCACCUUACCUGCAUUGGAUCAAGAAGUCAUCCUCACAAAUUGGCUACAAGACUUCACCAUCUCUACCUCAGAUUGGCCUAAUCUCCAAAUGUCCUAUGAUCGCUGGUGCCGUUCUACUCGAAAGCUUAUUACAGUAUCUUAAUUAUACACACACACACACACACAUAUAUAUAUAAGCCUCAUCCCUCAAGAGUCAUGACUAGGUACUAGAUAUGCAGCCACAUGCUUCAGCUUUCUCGCUUAAUUAGCUUUCUAUGUAAAACAAGUGACUAUUUGAACCUCUACAAGGUACUACUACUCCUCCUACAAGGUACUACCACUCAUAUAUAGCAAGUUCACGCAUGUACCUAGUUCACAACUUAUUUACCCGUUGCAGAACAUGUUUCAUGCAAAUAAAUUUUAAGAAAUUAUCACACAAAAUGUCAUCUCCGAAAUUUCAAUUUCAAGGACAAUUUGUCCAACACUCGAUCCUUAGUGUGAUAAUUCACCCAUUUCUAUGAAUAAACUACUGUUUAAAUUUUGUUUGGUGUGAUUGGUUAAUGGAUUUAGUCCAUUAUUGUUUUGUUCUGUUGGA